UCAGUCCCGCGACCGGCGCCCGGCGCGCAGCGGCUGGGAGUGUCCCGGAGUCGGAGCCCCGACGCUCUGCGCACGCAGUGCCCGCCGCGUCCCGGGAAGACAUGGGGGUGCCCGGCUGAGCGCCCAACCCCGCCGCCGAGACCCGAGCGCCCGAGCCACCGUCCCUCCGGCUGCGGCCCCGGCACGCACGGCGAUGGCGAAGGCGACGGCCGGCGCCGCGGGGCUGCGGUUCCUGCUGCUGCUGCUGCAGCUGCUUGGGGAAGCCGCUCUGGGACUCUACUUCUCCAGGGACACUUACUGGGAGAAGCUGUACGUGGACCAGAAGGCGGGCAUGCCCCUGCUCUACGUGCAUGCCCUGCGUGACCUCCCCGAGGAGGUGCCCAGCUUCCGGCUGGGCCAGCACCUCUACGGUGCCUACCGCACGCGGCUGCACGAGAACCUCUGGAUCCGCAUCCAGGAGGACACGGGCCUCAUCUACCUGAACCAGAGCCUGGACCACAGCACCUGGGAGAAGCUCAGCAUCCGCAAUGGAGGCUUCCCCCAACUCACUGUCUACCUUCACGUCUACCUGUCACCCACAUCCCAGCGGGAAAGCGAAUGCCAGUGGCCGGGGUGCGCCCGAGUGUACUUCUGCUUCAUGAACACCUCCUUCCCCACGUGCGAUGGCUUUGAAGUCAAGGAUCUCUGCUUCCCCCCGUCAGAUCUCUCCUUCCGCAUCCGGGAGAACAGGCCCCCGGGAACCUUCUAUCAGUUUCGCCAGCUGCCCGUGCACUCCCUGUGCCCGAACAUCAGUGUGACUUACCAGCUCCUGGAAGACAGCAGACCCUUCCGCUGCGCGCCCGACAGUCUGGAGGUGAGCACGCGCUGGGCGCUGGACCGCGAGCAGCAGGAGAAGUACCAGCUGGUGGCCGAGUGCACCGUGCGCCUGGGCUCGCUGGAGAAGAAGUUAAUGGUGCCCUGCCCCGUGGUCGUGUACGACGAGGACGACUCGGCGCCGGCCUUCCUCGGGGGCGUGGACACCGCCAGUGCCGUGGUGGAGUUCAAGCGGAAGGAGGGCACCGUGCUGACUACACUCCGCGUUUCCGAUGCUGAUGUGGUGCCGGCAUCUGGGGAGCUGCUGAGGCGCUACACGGCCACGCUGCUGUCCAGCGACCCCUGGGUCCUACAGACCUUCCGCGUGGAGCACCUGCCCAACGAGACCUCAGUGCAGGUCAACGGCAGCUCGGUGCGGGAGACCCUGCACGAUUACAGGCUGGUUCUCAACCGCAGUGUCCCCAUCUCGGAGAGCCACACCCUACAGCUCACUGUGCUGGUCAAUGACUCGGACUUCCAGGGCCCAGGGGAGGGCAUCCUCCUGCUCCACUUCAACGUGUCCGUGCUGCCCAUCAGCCUGCGCCUUCCCAGCCCCUACGCCUUCACUGUCAGCAGGAGGGCCAGCCGCUUUGCCCAGGUUGGAAAAGUAUGUGUGGAAAACUGCGGGGAGUUCAGCGGCAUCCACGUGCUGUACAAGCUCCAGGCGGCCAGCGCCAACUGCAGUGCCCUGGGCGUGCUCACCUCCGCCGAGGACUCCUCAGGGCUCCUGUUCGUGAACGACACUGAGGCUCUGCGGCGACCCGAGUGUGCCCAGCUACAGUACACGGUGGUGGCCGCCGACCGCGCCACCCGCAGGCAGACCCAGGCCACGCUCACGGCCACCGUGGAGGGGACGUAUGUGCCUGAGGAGCUGGACUGCCCCAGGUCGUGUGCAGUGAGCAAGCGGCGGCUGGAGUGUGAGGAGUGCGGCGGGCUGGGUGCUCCGAGUGGCCGGUGCGAGUGGAGGCAGGGAGACGGCAGAGGGAUCACCCGGAACUUCUCUACCUGCUCCCCCAGCAUCAAGACGUGUCCCGAUGGCCGCUGCGAUGCCGUGGAGAACAGAGACCUCAACAUCUGCCCCCAGGACUGCCUCCGGGGCGGCAACAUCGUUGGUGGGCAUGAGCCAGGGGAGCGUCGUGGCAUCAAAGCCGGCUUUGGCAUCUGCAACUGCUUCCCAGACGACAAGAAGUGCUUCUGCGAGCCGGAGGACAGCCAGGAGCUGCUGUGUGACGAGCUUUGCCGCAUGGUGGUCGUGGCGGCCGUGCUCUGCUCCCUGAUCGCGUCGGUGCUGCUGGCCAUCUUCUGCAUCCAUCGCUUCCACAAGAACGCCCCCAAGCCGCCCAUCGCCUCGGCCGAGAUGACCUUCCGCCGGCCCACCCAGGCCUUCCCUGUCAGCUACUCCUCGUCCGGCGCCCGCCGGCCCUCGCUCGACUCCAUGGAGAACCAGGUCUCUGUGGAUGCCUUCAAGAUCCCGGAGGAUCCAAAGUGGGAAUUCCCCCGGAAGAACUUAAUUCUUGGGAAAACACUGGGAGAAGGCGAAUUUGGGAAAGUGGUCCAGGCAACGGCCUUCCGGCUGAAAGGCAAAGCGGGCUACACCACAGUGGCCGUGAAGAUGCUGAAAGAAAACGCCUCCCCAAGCGAGCUGCGGGAUCUGCUGUCCGAAUUCAACCUCCUGAAGCAGGUCAACCACCCCCAGGUCAUCAAGCUCUACGGGGCCUGCAGCCAGGACGGGCCGCUCCUCCUCAUCGUGGAGUACGCUAAGUACGGCUCCCUGCGGGGCUUCCUCCGGGAGAGCCGCAAAGCGGGGCCAGGCUACGUGGGCGGCAGCAGCAGCGGGGGCAGCCGGGGCAGCCGCAACUCCAGCUACCUGGACAACCCGGAUGAGCGGGCGCUGACCAUGGGCGACCUCAUCUCUUUUGCCUGGCAGAUCUCUCGGGGCAUGCAGUACCUGGCCGAGAUGAAGCUCGUUCAUCGGGACCUGGCGGCCAGGAACGUCCUGGUCGCUGAGGGCCGGAAGAUGAAGAUUUCAGAUUUUGGCCUGUCCCGAGACGUCUAUGAAGAGGACUCCUAUGUCAAGAGGAGCAAGGGCCGGAUUCCAGUUAAAUGGAUGGCGAUCGAGUCCCUCUUCGAUCAUAUCUACACCACCCAGAGUGAUGUGUGGUCCUUCGGGGUUCUGCUGUGGGAGAUUGUGACCCUGGGGGGCAACCCAUACCCUGGGAUCCCUCCGGAGAGGCUCUUCAACCUUCUGAAGACGGGCUACCGGAUGGAGCGACCUGACAACUGCAGCGAGGAGAUGUACGGUCUCAUGUUGCAGUGUUGGAAGCAGGAACCAGACAAGAGACCUGUGUUUGCUGACAUUAGCAAAGACCUAGAGAAGAUGAUGGUGAAGAGCCGAGACUAUUUGGACCUGGCUGCAUCCACACCUUCUGAUUCCCUGCUUUAUGACGAUGGUCUCUCGGAGGAGGAGACACCCCUGGUGGACUGUAAUAAUGCUCCCCUCCCUCGAGCCCUCCCUUCCACGUGGAUUGAAAACAAACUCUAUGGCAUGUCAGACCCGAACUGGCCUGAAGAGAGUCCUGUACCACACACGAGAGCCGAUGGCACUAACAGUGGGUGUCCACGCUAUGCAAAUGAUAGUGUUUAUGCUAACUGGAUGGUUUCACCCUCAGCGGCACAGUUAAUGGACUCGUUUGAUAGUUAACAUUUCUUGGUGAAAGGUAAUGGACUCACCAGGGGAAGACGCGGGCUUUUUACACUGGCUGGUGAUUUUCCCUCCUAGCAGACCUAGUGCACCGGAUGAGCAUCCUGAGUCCAGUGUGGAAGUGUGCCCUUGCCUUCACGCUCAGCCGUGCCCAGUGUGGGUCUGUGUUUGUUGUAACUGCCGUGCACUCUGCCCACAAGCCUGGGGACCCAAGUCCCUACCUGAACUGUUUGAUUUCUCUGGUUGCCACCCAACAAGGCAACACGAUUUCAACAUGAAGCACAUACACACAAAGGCAGCAGGAACCAGAUGGAUUCCAUCCCCCGGUCUGUGCAGCAGAGGUGGGAAAGGCCUGAAGGGGUGCCCUAGCCCUGCCCGGCCUGGAGGGAUAGAAGGGCCGAGGAAAUGGGUUUCAGCUCAGCCUUGAAAUCCUUAGAAAUAUU